CCGACUCGGACAUCGCUAACGGUUGUUUCUCUGGUCUUCGUGCUCCCCAUCCAUCUCGGAGGUCGACCGCAUAAUCGCUGGACCGAUCAGAACAAAGAUUCACGCCCGUGCUCAAACUUAUAGCAUCUCAAGCUCGCCUUCCUUCUCCCCCAUCUUCUCCGCUCGCAGCAGCAACUGAAGCAGCAGCCAUGUCUCUCACGCUGCCGAUUGAGCUCGCGCGUCCGCUGGACGUGCUCCUGAUCGACAAUUUCGACUCCUUCACCUGGAACAUCUACCAGUCCCUGUCUCUGCUCGGCGCGGACGUCACGGUGAUCCGCAACGACGCGAUCCCCGCCGCCGCGUUCCCGCUGCUCAAGCUGAACUCGCUCAUCAUCUCGCCCGGCCCCGGGCACCCGACGACGGACUCGGGCAUCUCGCGCGAGGCGAUCAAGUUCUUCACGGGGAAGGUGCCCAUUUUGGGCGUGUGCAUGGGCCUGCAGUGUUUGGUCGAUGUCUUCGGGGGGAACAUCGGCUAUGCAGGAGAAAUCAUGCACGGCAAAGUCAGCGGCAUUCGCCACGACGGCAGAGGCUGCUUCAGGGACAUACCUCAAGGCAUCAAGUCGACGCGCUACCACUCGCUCAGCGCGAGUACGAGCACCCUCCCACCGGACCUCGCAAUCACCGCCAUCACCUCGGACAGCGGCGUCAUCAUGGGAGUCCGCCAUCGCAAAUACACCCUGGAAGCCGUGCAGUACCACCCGGAGAGUAUACUCUCCGAGGGCGGCGAUACCCUAUUCAAGAACUUUUUGGCUCUCCGGGGCGGCACCUGGGACCUCAACCCGGGCUUCCGAGUCUCCGACGAGGCCCUGCCCGCAUUCGGGCUCGAGGGCAUCGCAGACAAAGUGCCCAACGGAAACGCCACUCCAGGUGGCUCCACUUCCAAGGUGCCCACUAUUCUCGAGAAGAUCUACGCACAAAGGAUCAAAGACGUCGAGCUUGCGAAGCAGACUCCUGGUACGACGCCAGAGGACCUCGAGACGCUCCUCAACCUCAGCAUAGCGCCCGCACCCGUCUCGUUCCUCGCUCGCCUGAAGGCGGCCCCCAAGAAGCCCGCCCUCAUGGCGGAGAUCAAACGUGCCAGCCCGUCCAAGGGGCCCAUUGCGAUGUCGACGAAUGCCGCGCAGCAGGCGCUGACUUACGCUCUCGCAGGAGCCUCUGUGAUCUCCGUCCUGACGGAGCCUACGUGGUUCAAGGGCACUCUCCUCGACAUGCGUCUCGCUCGCCAGGCCAUCGACUCCCUUCCUCACCGUCCCGCUAUCCUUCGCAAGGACUUCAUCUUUGACGAGUAUCAGAUCGCGGAGGCUCGUUUGCACGGCGCCGACAGUGUGUUGCUCAUCGUUGCGAUGCUCCCUGUCCCCCGUCUGCACGCACUCUACGAGUACUCCCGCUCGCUCGGCAUGGAGCCGCUCGUCGAGGUCAACAACUCGCGGGAGAUGGAGGCGGCGCUCGCUCUUGGGGCUAAAGUCAUCGGUGUUAACAACCGCAAUCUCCACGAUUUCCAGGUCGACAUGCAGACGACCACGCGUCUCGUAGACAUGGUACGCGAGCGCGAUGUCGUCCUUUGCGCCCUGAGCGGCAUCAAGGACGUUUCGGACGUGCGGGCGUACACCCAACAGGGCAUCGGCGCCAUCCUCGUUGGCGAGGCUCUCAUGCGGGCGCAGGACACGCAGGCCUUCAUUCGAGAUCUCCUCGAUUGGCCGCAAGGGGACCCGAAGGGCAAGGGCCACGAGACGGCGGCUCCUCUGGUCAAGAUCUGCGGUAUCCGGACCGUUGAGGAGGCUGUUCACGCGGCGGAGUCCGGCGCAGACAUGCUCGGACUCAUGUUCGUACCGAAGAGCAAGCGGUACGUUUCCCUCGAGCGUGCACAAGGCAUCUCCGCCGCCAUCCGAGGUCGCCGCUCUCAGUCGCACCGCCCUAGCGGAGCCGAGGCCUCCCCGAUCGAGGAGCUCAAGAACGAGCCAUGGUUCAACCUCCACGCACGGCGGCUCACGGACUCGCUCGCACGAGAUCCGUCCAAACGUCCGCUGCUCGUCGGCGUGUUCCAGGAUCAGCCCCUCGACUUCAUCCUGCAGACUGUGGCGGACGUUGAGCUCGACCUGGUCCAGCUCCACGGCAGGGAGCCUGUAGAGUGGUCUCGCCACAUUCCCGUUCCCACCAUUCGCGUUUUCCACGUCGAUGAGGAAGGUCACGGCCUCACUGGUAUCACCCGCCCAGGAGCGCACCAGUUCGUGUUGCUAGACGCUGUCGCCAUGGGAGACGCCACUGGGUUGAGCGGCGGCACUGGGACGCGGGUCGACCUGGAGCUGGCCAAGGCGGUGGUGGAAAAGGGUGAGGUCGGCUUGGGAGAAACGCUCCCAAUCAUCCUCGCGGGCGGGCUUACGCCGGAUAGCGUGCCGGAGGUGAUUCGGAGGGUACGACCGUGGGCUGUAGAUGUGAGUGGUGGCGUGGAGCUGAAAGAUGGGUCUGCGAAGGAUCCUGCAAGGGUUCAAACGUUCAUUUCGGCCGCGAAGGCGCAGUAAGAAGGGCAGUGUGCUGGUUGAGUAUUGUUCAUAUAUCACAGGG